CUAGAUAUAUGGUGAUGCAUCGAUGAUGUCACGUUGGAGAAAGGUGGUCACCGAUAGUGGAUGGGCGCCUCGAUCAAACUGCCAAAAUCUGCAAGCCCAGAAGCCGUACACGCCGAGAAACUAACAUAUGUCGGACUCGAAUAGACUUACAGGGCGACAAGAGUACCGGCUCAUUCGGACACGUACGCUGUACGAGUCCAUACAAGAUCACUCGCCCCCGUCAUUCCUCUGACCCCACACCUUCAAGCUGUCCACAAGUGCUUCGAUCCCAAUGUCGUCCCAUCACUCACAACGACAACCCACAUAUGCAACUUUACGCUCAAAGGCAGAAUCGGUGCAAUCGAGGGAUGAGAGUGGUUACCUGCUUGCAGACCUCGAGCGACAUCCUUCACAUAGCACAUCUGAGCAGCGGAACCACCAUUCGAGCCGCAGCCCCGGGCAGCAGCCGUCGUUAGAUAAAGGGACGAAGAAAAAACGACAACCCCAUCUCAACAUCCGCUUACUCGUACUAGCAGGAGGGCAACUAGUGAUAUUUGGUCUGGGCUGGGGAUUUGUCGGGGCGCUGAUACGACAAUCGAAUAUUGCACUCCCGGACAAUCUUGCACAUCUAGUAAGCUCAGAGCCAAGUGCUACAACAUUCGUUGUUAGCAUCCUCGCUGCUAUUAUCUCCAUGAUAUCCAUUCGGAUAUACUCCCUCUCUGUCUGCCUGGCCCUCACAAGCAAGCUCCAUAGGCGAGCUACGCCACUCCUUUUCUCCGGAUUUUCUGUCAGCGCGUCCAUGGGUAGAAUGUUUAUCAAAUUGAGGCAUCCGACGUGGACAUGUACAUCGAUAAUUACGAUGGUGGUGUUGACAUCAUUGAGUUCUGGAUGGACUUCACUCUUAAAUCCAACGGUCAUAUUGCUGAGCGAUCCUAUCCGUGGCAAUGAGCUGGAUUUGAUAAGUCCUACGUUUUCUUAUCUCUUGAAUAACAGCAGUGUCUCUCAAAACGGAACUAAUAACUCCCUGACGGCAUUGAAUGACGAUUCUUAUAACGUUUUGGGUCUCUCGGGCCCUCUUGCUGGGCAUUCAGCCGGAGGGCUCGAUGUACCAAGCUUCUUCAGCCUCAACGGAGCGACUUACAAUAUUUCCACCGGUGGCAUACUUCCGUCAAUCCAGUCAUCUGUGUACUCAGUAGGGAAUCCACCGACAUCGGGUCUGCAGUUUGAUGGAGGAAGCACUCGAGUUAACACGACGUCUUUCAACACCACAGGAUUGUCACAGAACUUCACGAUGACUCAGCAAGGUCUAACUGCCCACGUAAACUGCUCUGAAGCAAGCCCUGACAGUUUCUCGGUGGACGAAGACGUGACGAGUCCCGCUUCUUAUCGCAUUUAUUCAGCGACUGCAUAUUGCAACCGUAGCUUAGAUUAUGUCGCAAAUGGACCUUAUUAUAGUGGCGGAGGUUGUGACGGUGUCGACUGCAUUUUCAUUGUCCCAUGCCCUCUGCAAGAUUCGACAGCGCCAAGUAAUAAAAGUUUCACGAUCUCGAUAUUCAGUAACGCCGCGGGGAGCGAGUGCAGAUAUUCGUUCAUCCCGAACACGACAUGCACCGUAACACCAAUGACAACAACUGUCGUCGCUCAAUACAACGACAGGAUCAUCACUCCCACGACGUCAAACUCCUCCGAAUCUUACGCCGUCGGCCAGUACAACCCAAGCGCACUAGCCUUCCUGGCCAGCGUUGUUCAGUGGUUUGGUGGGAAUGCGCAGAAUCUGGUCUCCAAUUCGGUUGGAGACUCUGUCUAUGUCCUCAGAUCGAUGCAAAACCAGACUAACCUUCAAUCAUCCAACGAUCCAGAUAAUAUUAUCUUCGCUGAACAGGAAGAUUACUGGAGAGGAGUGGUCGAAUUCGGCGGCACGUAUCUUCGCUCCGGAUUUUCCACAGUCGGCUCGGAGUUGCCAGAGGACAUGCUUACACCCAUUUCCGGGAACGUGUCCACCCUGACGAUGGGCUGGUCAUACCGUCCGAAAUCAACUCUUGCGGCUCUCGUUCCCCAGACCCUGAUCACGCUUUUUACAUUAAUGGCGCUGGCAGCAGUAAGGCGUGAUGCUGGUGCGCUGCAUGACAGCGUCGACGUGACGGACGUGAGCGACGUUGUGUUAUCCACAACCGCAGGCAGAUCUGGGGUUCAAGGUGUUACUGCAGGCAAAGAAAAGAAAGAGAGGUUGGAGGGGGAAACUGUUCGGCUGACGGAGGUAGAUGAUAGUCGGAAGAUAUUGGUUCUUGGUAAUUGA